UGUAGGCGAGUAGACAUUACAAAGACUUCCCCAGGAAAGAAGUACAGACAAGAAAAAACUCACUAUCAGCUAGCUGAGAUUAUUCCUCAAGUUUUUCAUCAUUAUCAGGAUACAACUAGAAGUGGCCAGGUGCAGCUCAGUAAACCUACAUCACUUCCUGAUCGGAUGGCUGUCAAGCUGCCAUCUCCUGGACCCAGUGUUAGACCACAUCAGGUAGAAGCUCAUAAAUUAUCUGCCAAUAUUUCAGGAACUCGCAACAAAUCUUUAAAUGAUUCUGUAACUGAAAAGGUAGAAUCUUUGUCUUUACAUACUCCUAAAAGUCAACUGUCUCACAAAUACCAUGGCUCAGAAAAUGAUGUUUCUUUAGCAAACCCACUAAACAAUCAUAAUGUUAAUUUCAUUACUUUUUCCAAGAGUCCUUAUCGACUGAGAUUGCAUUUGUCAGAGUUUGAGACUGAUAUCAGUACAAAAAAUGAAAGUCUAGACAGUGAACCAGAUAUGGUUCUUCAAACUGAGACUAACUCCAUUGUUUCAGUAGAUUCAGCCUUGGUAAACAGCACCUCAGAGAUUAAAAAAGAAAACAGUCCAGAUGGAGUAAAGUUGUCUUUAUCAUCUUCUAAGGAAGAUAGCCGUAUGGAAGAGAAUUGUACAGAAUCUCUCACUCAUAUUCAUCAACAUGUUUAUACUGUAAAUGAUGAUAAGAAUUCAAUGACUUCUGUUGAUACCAAGCAUGCAUCAGAAAACUCAACUCAGACAAAGUUUUUGAGAAGCAAUUUAUCAAAUGUAGGUCUAGUGAAACCACAAAAUUCUGCCCGAAAAGUAGGUAGCAUUCGAAGAAAACAUCAGGGUACAUUUAGUGUCAGUGAAGUAAACAACACAAUGAAGUUUGUGGAGAAUGGUAACGAUAAUCAGCUAAAACAUCCUGAAACACCAACAGUAGCAACUAAUUGUGAACAAUAUGCUCCCAAAAGCUCCCUACGUCGUGGAAGACCAAAUACAAUUAAAACAGGUUUACCAUCUGACUGUAGGCCUAAACAUAACUCUGAUUCUUUAGUACUUUAUACAUCAUACUUGUCACCUGACUUCAUUGCAACUGAUGGUAAGAAUGUGCAUCAAAGUGAGCCUGAUGAGAGAUUAAUCAAACAAGAAUGGAACAGUCCAGAGGUUCAAGAUGUUGUUGCUAAACUGACAUUUGAAGGCGAUAUUCCUGAUGAAAGAACAAGAACAGAGGAUGAUGUUUUUAGCAAAGAGUUUUCUGUUGGUCUUGCUUCUGAAGAUGUCACUUUAGUGGAAAAUACCAGUCAGAACACAACUUGUUCCAACAAAAACAGUUCUGAUAUUAGUUGUAUUGAAAUGAGUGAUUUUGGCUCUGAUGUACUUACCAUGUUUGGAAUUCCAACUGAGGGCCAGUCAGAGCUUUCAGGUUGUAGUGUUCAAUCCUUAGGGCUAAACACGCUGUUUUCUAUCAACAGCAAUGAUGUGGAAUCCAGCACAGAAAAAAAACCCAUCCAACAAAAGCUUUCUCCUUCCUACAGCAAAGAAGUAAACUGUAAUCCUACUCCACAUCCCUUGGCUAGUGAAGAAGGAAUCAUGGAGUCUGUUGAUAAAAAUGAUGACAUCCAGUCAGUUACCUCUUUUGAUAGUGGUCUUGGAGGUUCUGUAAUAGAUGAGAGACAUACCCGAAAAAGGAAACUAGAUAAACGUAGCUCUUUGCCUUCAAUGAGACACGGUAGGUCAAAACUGUAUCGGAAAGUUCGACGGUCUUCUACCUUUUCUGAGUUCCACAGCCACACUGGAGCAACAUUUGCCCCACUAACGGGUGAAACUUUGCAAGUAUUAAGCAAGGCAGGGCAGAUAUUGGAAAUCCAGACAAAUUUAUGCAGCCAUGAAAGUACAGAGUUAAAACCAGAAAAGGCACAAUCUAAGGAGAACACGCCCUUGAAGAAAAUAAAACUAUCGGGUAAUAACAUCAACACACCACUGGAGAGAAAAGGAUCGACUGAGAAAACACAAACUGUGGAAGUAAGUGGCAAAAAAACAAAAUCCCAGGAUAAUCACUAUCAACAGAGUGAAGAUCCCACUAAGUGUAUAUGGAUAGAAGCUCAAAAAGUUUUAUCUGAGGAUCUCCAACAACUGGAAGAUGCCUGUGAUGGAACAAAAAGAGACAGUAUUGUAAAGCUCCGAAUUCGUAAUGCUGGCAUGGUCCAGGCAAGCAUAAUGAAGUACAACAGUAUCACUACGUCGCUCCAUUGUACUCCCAGCAGACUUGACCGGCGCUCUAGACGGGGAACUCCUCACAACACUCCCAUUCGAGUUCCAAGUAUUUUUGUAAGGAAUUCUGCUUUCACAAGGUCACUUCGUGACAGACCUUCUGGAACUGGAAGGAUUCUGCGUGGUCAGUUGCCAGCUAACUUACCUUUGACUGGGUUUCCACGACGUAGGUCUAUGAGUAUGGAUGAAGGUGAUAGAAAAAAAGAAAACCUAAACAAGAUAAAAAUGAACUAAAAAAAACACCAACACAGAGGAAAGGCAAACACUCAAGUAAAUGUUCUGGUAGCUUAUCUCCUGAUAGAACAACAUGCAAGAGACCUUCUCCUCUUAAAGACAAUACAAAUAUAAACAAAACUGAUAAUAAUGAAAAAAGUCAACAAAUCCAAACACCAAAAUCAUCAGGAAAUGAUCAACUUCGUCCUCCAAGAAGUAAAGAAUUUUCGAGAAGUUCAUUCAAGAGGAGAGGCAGCAGGCGUACUCCAUCACAGCGAGGUGUAAUAAAGGAUAGUGAGGGCUUUAAAACCCCCACAUCACAAAAUAUACCCUUGAGGCGUUCCCCAAGACUAAAUAAAAAUUCUCCAGAACUUGAUGAGAAGAUUCUAUUGUCUGGUAUGCUGCUUGAUGAGUGGGAAGUCAAUAUGUAAAAAUAAAAGGCAAUAUAUGGAAAGAAAGCUAACUUUUUAGUCUUAAUUUUGACAAAUAAUAAUUACUUUGAACAGUUCUAAGAGCAUAAUGAUUGUAUACCUACUUACAUACAAAAUAUGAACAUGUUAAAAGAAUUAUGAAUUGCAAACUGUCCAAGCUAAAACAAGUGUAAUACGGACCUCAUAGUUGGGUCUGGUGUUGUACACUUUCAUUUGAAGGAAAAUCGAUUUAUUCAGUCAUAUCUUAAGCUUUUAUUUCACUUCAAAAGAGUGCUGAAUAAACUUGUGUAUACUAUAUUAAUUAAGAUUUCCCAGCUUACAUAAUAUCUGAACAAAGAAUAUGUAUUUUGUAAAUGUUUUAUAUUUUUACUUUUUAAUUACAAAUAUCUUGGUUUGGGGAAUAAAAAUAGUGUAUCUAGUAGCAUCAACUUAAAAAUGCAGGUGAAAAGUAAAACAAAAAUCUUGACGUUAUAAAACUAUUUUAUAGUAAUAUUUAAGAGGGUAAACUUAAUAUGUCAAUAAAAUUGCCAGUGACAAAUUUCUCGUUUUUUUUUGUUCACAUUUAGUUUAUUCAUUUGGGUCAACAUGAUGUAGAUAUGUUCUUUAUUUUUGUCAUUAUUUUGUGUUUAAUGCUUUAUAAUAAGUUUUGAUUUGUGUAGGAGUUACAGGUAUGUACUCUUUAACAUGUAAGUCUUUAUGAUUAAAACUGCCACUGUACAGUAUGCAUUACCAUUUAAAAUUUGUAAGCAUUAAAAAGCUGAAAGAACUACGUACAAUAUU